UUGUGUCAGUGCAUCCGUGACCCUCACAGACAGCUGCAUUUUCACUCGUGAAGACAAUACCUAGGUGAUAGAAUGGAUAACGAAGAAGAAGAUUUGAAGAAGAGACCUUCAGAGGAAUUGAUGUCGCCAACAUUUUCACCAGCAAAAUUGAAGUUCCCAAAGCACAUUCACACUCCAAUGGAUGACAAGUUUAAAGAACUUGCCGACAAAAUCUUAAACCGCAGUGUAGAUGGUCAGGAGCCAUUCAAUGAAGUUUCUGCUCCAUUCGAAUUGGGCAGUUACCCCAUCGAACAGAAUGAGACUAAGAAUUAUUUCGAGAGACAGUACAGCAGAAGGAGGUUAAAUCUUCAACUACCAAAGGAAUCUGAUGGAUGUUUUGCAUCAGAUCAUCAACUAAUAAAUGAGAAUGAGGAUGGUAAAAAUGGAUCUGCCCGAAGCCAUGAGCGUGACAACGGAGGACAUGCUCCAGUUAAUCGUGUGCCGAGCUUUGAUGUUGAACAUGUCUUUAUGGAGUUUCCUGAAGUACAGGAGGAGUAUGAUCUCGCUCCAGAUUUCGAGAGGAUCAGUAUCAGUGGAGAGGACACUAGUGGGGUUCCCCUGAAGGACUUGGAGCAGGCGUCCAAGAGCUUAGUGAAAGCUUUGAUGAUUCGUGAGAAGUAUAUGGCAAUGUCACACCAGAGCUUCCCCAACAUCACAGCCAGGUUCCUCCAGAACCUUGAGGACAAAGAAGACUUUCACGGCAUCAAGGAAGGAUUCGGCUGUACUAAUGUCAAAACUGCAGAAGAGUCCUCUUCAGCUGCUGACCAUCCGAUCAACCCGCCUCGUAUGUCCGGUGAUCCUUUCCACCAUGACGUCAUACCAGAAAAUGUUGGCUGUGUCAUCAAGAUGAAAGGUGGGGUGCCUUAUGUGUACAAAGACCAGGACGCAUUGGAGAGACAGGAACCCCUUGAGUGGCCAUAUCCAGAUGUCGAAAGUUUCAUUGCCGACCUGAACAUGAUGUAUGCCUUCAUCAGUGAUGGGCCUUUGAAGUCGUUUGCAUUUCGACGUCUUUCUUACCUUUCUUCGAAAUACCAGCUGCAUAUAUUGUUGAAUGAACUGAAAGAAUCAGCUGCCCAAAAAGAGGUUCCCCACAGGGAUUUUUACAACAUCCGUAAGGUGGACACUCACGUCCAUGCGUCCUCCUGUAUGAACCAGAAACACUUACUACGAUUCAUCAAGAAAAUGAUUCGUACACGUUCAGACGACGUCGUCUGUGUGGAUAAAGACAAGAAAGAGAUGACCUUGAAACAGGUUUUUGAGAGCCUUGAUCUGGAGCCGUAUGAUUUGAGUGUAGACAAGCUGGAUGUGCAUGCAGACAGGAACACUUUCCACAGAUUUGACAAAUUCAAUGCCAAGUACAACCCAAUUGGUCAGAGCCGUCUUCGUGAAAUCUUCAUCAAGACCGAUAACUAUAUUAACGGCAAAUACUUCGCUCACGUCCUCAAGGAGGUUAUGGAGGAUCUGGAAGAAAGCAAAUACCAGAAUGCCGAGUACAGACUGUCCAUAUAUGGGCGUUCCAGAGAUGAGUGGGAUAAGUUAGCAAAGUGGGCUGUGGAGCACAAGGUGUACUCAGACAAUGUCAGAUGGCUCAUCCAGGUCCCACGACUGUAUGAUGUAUACAGAAGUAACAAUCUAGUACAGAGCUUCCAAGACAUCCUCAAUAACAUCUUCAUGCCGCUGUUUGAGGUGACAAAUGAUCCAGCAUCACAUCCAGAGCUUUACGCCUUCCUCCAGCAUGUGUCAGGUUUUGACUCCGUAGAUGACGAGUCGAAGGCGGAACAUAUAAAGUUUGAUAGGGACACACCACUGCCUGAAGACUGGACUCAGAAGGAAAACCCUCCGUAUAAUUACUACCUGUUCUUCAUGUAUGCCAAUGUCACCGUCCUAAAUCAGUUCCGCAGAUCACGCGGAAUGGGAAUGUUCCACCUGAGACCUCACUGUGGUGAGGCUGGCAAUAUCACACAUCUCGUAGCCGGCUUUAUGGUUGCGGAGAACAUAUCACAUGGCCUCAUGCUGAGAAAGGUACCUGUUCUACAGUACCUGUACUAUCUGGCCCAGAUCGGUAUUGCCAUGUCACCCCUCAGUAACAACUCUCUCUUCCUGAACUACCAUCGUAAUCCGUUACCGGAGUAUUUUGCUCGUGGACUCCAUGUCUCCCUCUCCACUGAUGACCCACUGCAGUUCCACUUCACAAAGGAAGCCUUGAUGGAGGAGUAUAGUAUCGCUGCCCAAGUGUGGAAACUGAGUUCCUGCGACAUGUGCGAGAUGGCUAAAAACAGUGUCCAGAUGAGUGGAUUUGGACAUGAUGUAAAGAAACACUGGUUGGGCUUGAACUACACAAAAGAAGGCGUGGCAGGAAAUGACGUAAGCCGUACAAACGUAGCAGACAUUCGCAUGGCAUAUCGUUACGAGACACUUAUUGGAGAGCUUGAAUGCAUCUGGAAAGGAGCCAUGUCGUAUGACGAGUCCCUCAGCAAAGAAAACUAAAACUGUACCUACCUGUUGGUCUUUAAAGAAAGAUAUUUUUGGACAAUUUUUGGACAGUUUUUGAUAGAGGGUUUUUUUCCAGUUCCAAUUUUGUUUUUUGCAUGAAAAUUGAGCACUGAUUCUUAAUAGUUUUUCAAACCAAAUUAAGCAGGAAGUACCCAAAUAAUUAUGUUCAUAUCUUCAGUCUAAAAUGUGGCGUGGUUAAAAUUGACGGCUUCUUCAGCAUUAGCUUUACAUCCAUGCUUACAUGUUACACUUUGAAGAGAAAAGUUGGAGAUUGAAUCUGUUUAAUCAUAUUUUUGUGUUAAUUACUAAUCAAUGAAGUUUUGUUUAAUUGAAAUAUUUAGGAUUUGUUUGAUCACUUUUAAGAAUUUUAUCCAUGAGUUAUGAAGCUAUAGUUGUUUGUAUGAAAAAAAAAACAUGAUCCAUUUCAUUGUGGAGAUUCGUCAUUACAACUUGUUUAGUAAGUGGGGAUAGAGCAACACUGGUUCAGUUAUAAUUUGGUGGGUCCUGGGUCUCUGGGUCUCUGGGUCCCUGGGUCCCCGGGUCCCUCGCCUGGAUACCUGAAGGUAUGCAGGGUGAUUGAAGAAGGAGACUAUAGAAACAAGUACGGGAUAAUCACAACAGGCAAAGAAGACCUUUAUGGUUCAUCUAUUAAUUAGUCAAACAAUUUCGUCCGUGAUUGGGCUUCCUCAGGGCAUGUCCUUGACGAAACCAUUUAUCAGUCGACUGGUUUUGCUUUGCCUAUAGUGAUUGACCUUUACCAAACCCUAUUACACGUCACAAAUUCAGCAACAAAAGUUCAAAGAGUUGACGAUUGAUGUCAUAUGUCAUUUUGAUAUUUGAAAUUGAUUGAAUAUUUAGGAAAUUGUCAUGAAAUUUUAUUGAUUAAUAGAAAUCCUGCAAAAAUAAUCAUCUUUGAAAUCGGAUUAAACAGAUGUUGUUAUUGUCGUAAAGUUAGUUGUUAUAAUAUUACGAGGUGAUGCGAUUAACAUUCGAGUGAGGUACAUCAUGUACCAUGUAUAGUGUAAUGCUAUUUUUAGCAACAGAAUGUCAAAAAUGAUAACUCUUCAACAUUGUGUAUCAGAAAACGUAGGUGUGAGCCUGGUGACAAUCCGGGAAAGCUUUAAAAUUAUGUUUUAAAAAGAUAGUAUUAACGACUGUAGAUUAUAUAAACAGAGAGAUCUUAGCAAAGACCUGUAGAUUAUAUAAACAGAGAAAUCUUAGCAAAGACCUGUAGAUUAUAUAAACAGAGAAAUCUUAGCAAAGACCUGUAGAUUAUAUAAACAGAGAGAUCUUAGCAAAGACCUGUAGAUUAUAUAAACAGAGAAAUCUUAGCAAAGACCUGUAGAUUAUAUAAACAGAGAGAUCUUAGCAAAGACCUGUAGAUUAUAUAAACAGAGAGAUCUUAGCAAAGACCUGUAGAUUAUAUAAACAGAGAAAUCUUAGCAACAUUUCAGACCAAGAAAUUUUAUCAAACUUUGGCGGCAACCUGCCUCUAAAUAAAUAUCCUGUAUUUAUCCUCAAAUACGCCGCUCCCCUUCAGUAAAAGUGUCAGUAUCAAAAUUUGGGGAGAUCCGAAGUGUGAACCAGUGUUAAUAGCUUUAGCUUACAAUUUUAAAAUUGAUGGUUCUGCACAAAUAAGAAAGGGGGCUUAUUUGCAGAUAAAUACGGUAUAUGUAUUUUUACAUACCGGUAUAAAAUGUCUCAUUUUGAAAUAUGUUAGUCGUAUGUGUAAUGUGGUGAAAAUUGUUGGUUUGUAUGUUUGUUUGUUUUUGUAAUGUAGGUAUUUUGCAUUUUAAUAUACCAGGUAUCUUGUUUUUUUGUAAACAUGUUAAACAUAUAUUCCUUGGAUGUAUGGAAAUAUUUGAUAACUUACAAAUUAAUCUUCACAGAUAAGAUGUCCAUCAUUAAAUCAUUUUUCCCUAUAAGAUACACUUGGUAGUUGGUAAUAUAGAUUAAUUAUAGAUUAAUUUUGCUAUGUAUUGACGAUCAUCAAAUACAUAACACAAAUGUUUAGAAGUGUUUACUGAAGACAGUUUACAAGGGGGUGCUACACAAUAUCCAAUACCCGCGACCUAGUUCAGACUGAGAUGUUGGUUUGAUAGUUACUGGUUUAGUGCCUACAUAACUUCAUUUAUUACUAAAUGUUGUCUUUCCGUUGUUAGUAUUUUGUUGAUAGUGGGACUACCAGAUUCUAAUUAAUGAACGCUGGACUAAAGAGGAUCAAGUGCAGACAAAAAAUAUGGAACAAAAUUUAGAACAAAAUCUUACACAUUUAUAUGCAUAUGGAAAUGAUGCCAAAAUAUCAUUUCUAAACUUGUAAAGUCAGUAACACAAAACGCUGUGCAAUAAUAUAAAUUUGACAAUUCUAUAUAGACUUCAUUUACCCAGCUUUGUGUUUAAAAAAAAACUUUUUUUUUAUCUGGUAUUAACUGUGUUAGUAAAUAUUUAUAAUGAUGUUACAUGUUGAUGUUUAUGUGAAGUGCGCUUAGCCAGACUUUUAUAAUCGAAUAGAUUUUAUUUCUACAUUUGCUCACGUUAUAUAUAUGGUAUUACUGUUGUGUUAGCAUUUAAAAUUUUAAGAACAAUGUUGAAUUGUACUGUUUUUGUACAUGUAUAUGUAUUAUGGUUUAGUCCUAGUUUUCUCCACUGUGAGUGAAAUGAUUUCAGCACAAAUGUUAACCUGGAAUAUAUAUAUAUGUUACAGCUAGAGGCCAUGAUCAAAUUGCCUCUGCUAGGGAUCGAACCCAGGACCUCUGGCAUACUAGACUUGCAUUUAACUUAGGGAGAAAGAGAAUUCUCUCUAGCCGAGUAUAUAUUGUGUCUAGUAUUUACCAGGGUUACAUAUAUACUUCUUUGUACCAGAACAAAUAUCAAAACAUUUCUGUUGUAUCUUUUCACACACAUUUUAUAUAUGAUUCAAAUUCAGUGUUUAUAGGACAAUGUUAUUAAUGUACUAAUAUCUCAUCUUGAAGUUUUUAAUCAUAUUGCAUGUUAAUAAACUUAAACAUCGACAAUGGAUAUAUAAACUAUAUAGAGCCAGUAUCUACUACUCACUACUGCCAAAUGUUUCUGUUAUAUAACUUAAAAUCAUUAAAAUAAGCCGAUGUUGAAAAUCAGCCAAUGUCAAAUAUUUGCUUUGGUGGUGGCCCGUACUAUUAAAAAAACUUGAAAACCUCUCUACCUGUAUAAUUUGUACACCCCCAACUUUAUUAUCAACUUUAUUUCAGUACAAAAAAACUGUGGAAAUUACACGAGUUUUUACAGUAUAAAAAUUGCGAAAUUAACCCCCAGAGAAAAUAACAUUUAAAGUAACUACCCUGGUAUAUUGCUAUAAAAAUACCAAAUACACAAUUCAAGACUAAAAUAUUAUUAGUUCUAAAAAUUACUAUCAGACGUAUAUUUUACCUGAAACCAAUUAGUAAGUAAUAUAGGGAACAGUCAAAAAGUAAUAUUGUAUAAGUUACGUGUCAAGGAAGUGUAUGUAUUAAUGGUAUAUUUAUCACUGUGGCACUACUUCAUUCCUGAAUGUCAAUAUUUGUUUUAUCGGAUCACAUGUACCGGUAAAUUGUUUUAAUAACUUCUAAUUGAUCAAAUUUGUUAUUUCCAACAAGUGAAGUUCUAUAUUGAAAGUUUCUGUUAGAAACCUUUGUACUGAGAAUAUAUUAAUGCCACAUUUUACUAUUUUGCUCAUUCCUGAAGUAGCCUUAGCUUCCUUUGCUAGUGUCUUACAAAGCCAAAUUAUGAAUUAUUAUCGAUCAUAUUUUUCGUUACAGUGUGACGUCAUUUAAAUAUACUGUAUUAUUUUUUUAACACUAUCUUAGGCUGUUUUUUGAGGGUCAUACAUAAUCAAGACUUUCUUUUUUUCAUGGUCACUCGAGUCAAAAAUGAAACUUCUAACUUUGGUCAGUUAUGCAGCAGAAUCUUCAGAUAAUGUGUUGGUAGCAACCAAGAGUCCCAAAGUUAUUGUAUUUGUCUUAUAAAUGAACAGUUGGUUAUCAAAAAUUAGACAAGGUUUAGAUUGAAAAAUUCCUGCUUGAAUUAUGCCCCUUGUAGUACAGUUAUAGUAACAUGAGCUAUACAGGCCUUUUGUACCUUUUUAUAUUUGGUUUUGUUUCUUGUUUUGCCUUAGUUGGUUAAUAAAUGUAUUGAUGAUACUGAUAUUGUUUAUUUUCCAUUGUGAUACUGUUAUAUUUAUGUUCCUUUUUUUAAACAAUAUUCGUAACUUUAGUUACACUCAUGAUCAAAUGGUAUCGGUGCUUCUUUACCUAAUUAUCGAAAUAUAUAACGGAUCUCAUGAAAGCACAUUCAAAAAUGUAAUUAAUUUUUACAAACAGAGCUUCAGCUGUUAUAUUACAAAUAUACUGUAUGAUGUUUUAUUUUGUGAAUUAAAUUAUCAGUAUUUUGUUUUAGUUUUGUUCCAGAGGAAUUUAAAUUAUAAACAAGAUUUCCUGAAUUUUAACUGUUCUAAACAGAUACAUUUAUAAUUAAUUAUGUGUGAAAAUUGAUGUCAAUUUCAUUCAGUAUUAGAAACUAUGGACAUGUACAUAAAAAUAAAAAAUAAAAUUUUCAAUUACCAUACUUUAUAUUCUAGCAAUUUGGAAAUAUUAGAUGCAGGUUUGGAAAUGUCUGACAUGAUUCACACCCCAAAAAUAGAUACAUUUUGUACAUGAAAAACAGCCAGUACUGGAGAAUUAAGGGGAAAAAAUCUUAUACUAGUAUUGUUUUAUUUAAAAGUUUUUGAAGGUGUCACAGGAACAAAGUAUUCUUCCCAGUAUAACGAGUGUGUAAUGUCACUAGUGUGUUGUAGUGUCAAAUGUCUUUGUGUAGGGAAACAUCAUGGUUUUAUCAUUUUGUAAUUCAGGUUUUUUGAUGGGAUAAUUAUGGGAUGAUCUGUACCGGUACUUUCAAAAAUCAUUAAAAACAUGUAUGAAUUUAGAGCAAAAAAUAUACAGCUUUAGAUGGGCUUUUUUUCUGCUUCCAGAGUAUUUUUUUUUAUUUUUACAUUUGUAAAUUAAUUUUUUAAACCAUACUUUAUUGAUUUUGAAUCCUAACUGAAGAAUUACAGGAAACAAACAAAAUAGCAAUAUGAUUUUGUGUGGUAUUUUAAUUUUAAAGAAAAUAAUCAAAACUGAAAAACAAAAAUAAUUUGGGUUAAACUACACAUACGCUGUAAUUAUAUUAUUUCAUUCAACAUCUAAUAACAACAAUCUUUCAGAAAUGUUAGGUGAUCUUGAUGUCAUCCCUGGCUAUUAUGCGACAUAGCCGUCUUGGUAUGGCUGUCUUUGAGGAGGGAUUUGUAUUAGUUAUUUCAAUAUUUCAAAAUUCCACUGUAUAUCCGAUUGUUUGUCUUGAGUAUAGGGGUAAAUUUUAUUUCUCAUGUCCUUUUCGAUGAUAAUCUUAUGAAGACUCUCCACCUUUUAUAGAAUCCAAUAAAGUGUCAUUACUUAAGAGAGAAGGAUGUAAAAUAUUUCUUACAAAAAUGAAAUUAUAUAGAAAUGUUGUCCAAUAUGGAACGUGUAUUUAUUGUUAUUGAGUGUAGAAUUAAACAUAUAUAUAUAUAUAUUAUGAGGUGAUUAAAUAAAAUUGCUAAAUUGAA